UCGGUGUGCCUCGGAGCUGUCAUGGCGGCUGACGGGGCAGCUGCUGCGUUUUUCCUGCUUCUCUGCGCUGCUACCAGCACCGCGUGGGGCUGGGACCAACAAGGGGUUCUGCUGCGGGACGUGCAGGUGCUCACUCUGCACCGGGACCGCUAUACCACGGCCCGGCGAACGGCUGCGGUCCCUCAGCUUCAGUGCACUGGAGGCAGUGCUGGGUGCUCUGAUAUCCCUGAGGUCGUUCAGUGCUACAACAGAGGCUGGGAUGGCUAUGAUGUGCAGUGGCAGUGCAAAGCGGAAUUGGAAAACACUCUUCGUUUUGGACAAAUUGAAGUGAGCUGUGAAGGCUAUAAUUAUCCAGAUGAUCCUUACAUCUUAAGGGGGUCCUGCAGUUUGCUGUUCAGGUUAGAACUGACAAAGGAAGGUGAACGGAAAGCGAAGAACUCUGGAGGCUUUGGUUCUGGCUAUUAUACAUCAACAAAGGAUUCUUCUCAUUCUGGUGCUGGAACAAUUUUUGUAAUUGUUCUACUGAUUCUUGCCUUUGGCGUAUACAAGUUUUUCCUUAGUAACCAACAACCCCAGCAGAGUUUUGGUGGUGGUGAUGGAUACACUCGUCCUUUCUGGCAGAGUAAUCAGACGCCUCCUCCUCCUGGUUUUAAGUUCAGCUCCACAGAAGACAAUGGCUUUGGGACUCGUUCCAGUCAUGAAACCAAUUCAGGACCAGGAUUUUGGACUGGAUUAGGAGCAGGAGGCUUGCUAGGCUACUUGGCUGGCAGUCAGAGAGCACAGCCACGCUCCUCGUAUUUCAAUACAUGGGGAGAUCCCACAGCUGUACCUCCAGUGUACAGACAGUCCAGCGAUUCCACACAAGGCAGCAGUACAAGAACUGCAUCUGGAUUUGGUGGCACAAAACGGAGAUGAAAUCCUUGAUGUUACUACAUCUGAGUGAUUGGACUGUACUAACCCCUUUUUAAUUAGCAGUAACAGCUGUGAGAAGAGAUAUGAAGGACUAGGCAAAUAACUGCUCUCUUUCCCAUGUGGAAAUGUGAUCCUCCACUAUUGCUUUUCACCACAACAGCUUCUUGAAAAAUACAAAAUAAACUCAUCCUCAUUGAGACAGA